CUCUCGUUUUCCUUCAUCUUCAUUUUCUAGUGUGUCAAUGAUUAGAAAGACUUUCCCUUUGAGCAAUGAUUAGAUUCCAAACAAGAUAUGGAAUGAACACACUACACAAUAGUAUAUUGUUAUAAGCUUGCUGCUGCGUUCCUUACGCUUUAGCGCCUGCAAAAGUCGAUCUCAAUGGAAGGAGAUUCUUGAUUUAGGAAUUCGGAUUGUGAUCACAUUCAGAGGUAAUUUAGGAAAAGUAAGUUAUUUAUGUUUGUUUUUCUCCCUUCGCCAACAACUCAGUCAACAUGGUGUUAGGUUGUUGGUGUUAUUCGUUCACGAGCAACAACGACAAAACACCACCAAGUGUUAUCGGUUAAUUGUCGGCUAAUGUCUGACGAUAAUGGAAGGUAGUGACAUGCGAUUGUAUGUUGUGCCAGUAUCAGAAAAAUAGACGAUUCAUCGUCUUCCUAUGACCAUGUUCAAAUAUGAGUACAUAAUAUGCUCACUUUUUUCUCCUUUUUUUUUUUUUUUUUUGUUGAUGAUUGAGGUCUGCCAGUUUGUCAACGACAGCAUGUCAUGUACAGAUACAAAAACCAUAUAUUAUGGGUUGCUUAAAGUGCCAAUUGUUGGCGAGUGGUUUAUGUGAAGAGAAUUGUUAUCUGUUUGGUAAUGCUUGUUUGGUUUCUCUGGCUAAAAAAUGGACACCUGAUUGAUAGCCGUUUGUUGUUUUUCCCUCUUCUCAUACCAUACGACUUGACUCUCAUUACCACUUAUGCGAAUUCUAUUUUAGACAGCCAUUUCUAGAAGGGUUUCCGGUGAGAGAUCACUGAAUUCGAAUUUGAAACCGUUUUUAUGAUGACGAAUGAUAUAAGUUUUGUUGAGUUAAACUUACUUUCAUGAUACGUACAAGGGUUUGGCCUAGUGAUAAUAUCAUUAGCCUAAAACCUGGAGGUUCCAGAUUUGAAUUCCUUCAGUAGUACCUUAAUCACAAAAAUUUAAAUCUAUAUCACCCUUAUAAAAAAAACUUACUUUCAUGCUUUCAAACUAUAGGACGUAUACUCCGUCCGCUUGAAGUUCAUUGUAAAGAUAAAAUGGAAAUUGAUUUCAUUCCGGAAUAGAUCACUUCUAUCUCAUUGAUUUAUGUCUUAUGUUUUUCCUUCUAUCAUUAUAAAAAGCUACAUAUGCCGAUUGUAAACUUCAUUAUCCGUCCACUUGAAGUUCAUUGUAAAGAUCAAAUCGAAAUUGAUUUCAUUCUGGACUAGAUCACUUCUAUCUCAUCGAUUUAUGUCUUAUGGUUUCCCUUCUAUCAUUAUAAAAAGUUACAUAUGCCGAUUGUAAUCUUCAUUAUCCGUCCGCUUAAAGUUCAUUGUAAAGAUCAAAUCGAAAUUGAUUUCAUCAUGGACUAAAUCACUUCUAUCUCAUCAAUUUAUGUCAUAUGUUUUCCAUUCUAUCCUUAUAAAAAGUUACAUAUGCAGAUUGUAAUCUUCAUUCUUGGUGAGCGACUUGUUCUCCAAGCAGUACGAAACUGGUAAGAGUACAAGAAGAUAAAUAAAACAAUCUAGGUAUUGUCACCAAAAUAUAGAAAUAGAAUUGGAAAGGUUCUCUGGCAUCAAAAUCUUCUUUGUCCCAAGUUUUUCAACUUUUUCUUGUCCUUUUCCGCAGAUGGGGAUCUUUCUCUUGUUACCACAGUGUUGUCCGUUUGUGCCUGUAGUUUUCAUACCUGGGAUAAAUUAAGGACAAAAAUAAACAUUAUAAGGAAUCCCAAAUUGUAGGUUUGAAUUUAAUAAAUUGUAAUUUGCAUUUUGUGACCAUUUGAAUCCAAAUCAUCUAUUAAAAUAUUCAAUUCAUUCAAUCUAAAUUUCAUUGAAUUGGUAGAUUAAUAGAUUAAUAUAUUCUUUCUUAGCUAAGCUUCAAUUUUGUUAUGAAAAAUAGUCAUAAAAUUACGUUGGAACCUAAAGUUUUUAUAAUUAUAUUUUAGUAUCUAAAUUUUUAUAAUGAUCAAAUUUUAUGUCAUUUUGGAUCCAUAAAUCAAAUCCACAAAUGAAAAUCACCAAACCACAAAUCCAUUUACUCCAAUCCAUAAAUCACCAAUCCAAUUCAAUUGUUAUCUCCAAUUGUAUUCAUAUAAAUCUCAUCCUACUCUGCUAAAUGUUCAUAAUAGUCGAGGUUUAUCGUGUUUGAAUUUUGAUGGAUUUUUCCUAGUAAAAAACCAGAAAGAGAAUAAGAAGAAAACUUUAGGCUGCUUGGGAAAACCUUUGCUUGUAUAUGUGGGUCAGAAGUCAGCCGAACCGCGUGACCGGUAAAAGGAAAAGAAAGCGAUCGGGUGAGUGGUCCUGAAUCCUGGUUACAUCUCUCUCGCAAGCAAAGCCACAGCCCACGGGAUUCUUGAGAGCGGUCUUAAUUGGCCGGCCGAACCACUUUCCACAAAAGGAUCACAAUCCUGCGAGCUGGUUUCGGUCAAUUUUUAGGCCUACCUUUCGAUAAUUGAAUGAAAGAUGAGUCAAUACUCAAUUGUUAUGUUUGCGUCCUAUGCCCCACCCCAAGCUGGUUUCUUUCUAUGGUCCACCCACUGUUCUGGUUUGGCUUUUCUUUACCCAUUCCACCCCGCCAAAGCCUUCGUCGCUGUCAAACUUUGGCACGAUGCUUACUUAGUAUGCAUACGCACUUGCUGAUAUCGUUGGAUUGUGCUUUUCGUUAUAUCGUUGAAUGUAGUAAGUUGUUGUUUGUAUCCAACGGUUAAUCUAAAGCCUUUGUUUAUGCAUCACUCCGCUUGAAAAUAUUAACCAAUUUUGAUAAAUUUGGUUAGUGGGUUUACAAUAAUGUUUUUAAGCAUGUGCGUGUUCACGUUGUUGAGUUGCUCAUCGUGUCAUCACAUUUAUGAGAUUCAUGGGAAUGUCGAUCCAUGUAAGUGACUAACAUCGGGUGCAUCCACCGACUAUGUAGUGCAGAAUAAUACACUAUUUGAUACGCUCGAUCCAACAAUGUAAAAAAUAUGCUUCGUACCCGGGGUGACCUGCCCCUAGAUCUGCCACCGCCCACUAGGUGUAUUUAUUUCCUCCUUGAUUGUUUCGUUAAAGUAAACCUCAACAUAUGGGCGUUUAGUUAGGAAUGGCAAUGGACAGGUCGGGGUGGGUGUCUCGUAAUUCAUUUAACCUCAGCUAUUUAAAACUUCAUUGUAGCUAAUACAGAAGGUAAUAAAAGUAAAAUUUCUAAGUAAUUUCAGUAAAAAUUACAUGUAAUUUAGGCAAAACCAAGGUUUGUGAAACCGUACCGGAAAAUUAAGUGGUUGGGUAUUUUGUAGUAAAGCCGGGAUUCAACCGUUUCCUACCGCUAAAACCGCUUACCAUUUUGAGUUCGGUAUCCGGUAUUUCCGGUCGGUAGGGUUUCCUAGACAUCCAUGCAUCACAUAAUAAAUCAGGGUUUGUCAUCCUACUGCUAGUGGACAGCUCAAAGCUCAUCUUGAUGCUCACUUUUCUACUAAUUAUGGUUCUAGGUUCAUGUCUGUAUAUGUUGACAAUUAGAACGGAUGAUUCGAGAGAAUUGAGUCUUUUUAUUUUGUGAUCCCAUUUGUCCACGUCCAAACUGUUAUAUGUUGUUCUCUACUAUGAUUUGCGAAUUGUGCUGUUACCCAAACAACCGAAAAAAAUUUAAAACAAGAAAUGGGAUCUUGAGAGUGACAACUGACAACCCCAAAGUAGUCGCGACAGUAAGUCAGUAACGAAAUUAGUACUUUGGUUUAUAAUAAUCCUAGGAACACAUAUGCUCGAUGGAACUCUAUUUUGGCUUUUCUCUUAUAAAAGAAAGAAGUAGAGACCUCUUUUAAUUUGUUUGUUCUUGAGAGAAGGAACAACAACAAAAAAAAAAACUAAUUCUUUGUUGUUGUUAGUAUCGGGAUAAUAUGUAAAUGUUAGUGCAUCUUGGUUGUUUUUCUUUACAUUAUUUAUGAACAACUUCACAACCUAUAAUCUCUGAGAAUUAUAAUUUGUAAUUGGAAUUAUCUUCGGAUGUGAUUUGAAAUAUUUGAAUUUGCUUCGAGAGAUUUAUCUGAUUGAAAAUUGAUGUGUAACUAUUUUUAUUAGUAAAAAAGUUUAAAAAUGAUAUUUCAUUUUCAGUUUUACGUUGGGAAAGAAAAUAACGUGAAAAUAAUUUUCACAUAAUUUAACUCCUGGGUGCUAGAAAUUCUAAAAAGGAUGGUUGGAAACGGGUUUAUGAACAAGAAAUUUCAUUUCCAAACACAAGAAUUAUUAAUGAAAUUCUACAAAUAUGAAAAUUAAAAAUCGAAUUCCAUGGACACGGAUAAUUUGCCUGAUGAUGGAGACGGUAGGCCAGCCUCCAUAAUAGACCAUUUUCUCAAACCUCAUAUUCCAACUAGUCGUAGCUGCUUAUUAGUUGAUUGUUCAUCAAAUUGAUAAUAUUAACCGGUCAUUGCUUCAUUCAAAUUUGCAUGAAUUUCUAUAAUAUUUAUUAAUUGUUUUUAUGAAUAUUAAAAAAAAAAGUGGAAGAGGGAAUCCCUAUAAUUUUUUUGCUUUUCACCAUAGCAGCCAGCCUCCCAAGGUGGCUUGGUCUCCAAGUCACGUUAUGCCUUAUAGAAUGGCGAAACCCUAUUGUUUACUCUCCAUUAUAUUCUCCUCCCUCAAUUCUUUUCAAUUUCUUUCCCUAGCCUACUUACGUUAUUCUUUGAUCAAAUGAUUUACCAACCAGCUCUUGCCUAAUGCAUAAUUGCAUAUUGUAUUUUGGGUUCCCCUUAAUCCAUUGUCUUGGUAAUCAAAUUGACUAAAUUGCUAGACUGCAAAAGGAGUUUUGGGUUUUUAGUUCUCUGUGUCAUUGCUUGUUAGAUUUCUGUGUGGUCUGGGACAAUGCGAUUGGUGGACGAAUGUAAGUGUUGAAUUGUUCUGUGCCAUGCAUGAUACAACUUUCAACAUUUCGGGAAACAAGACUUUGAACAAUUUUAGUUAUGGUCAAUACGGGGAAAAGUAAAAAAAGAAAAAAAAAACUUCCUAUAUAUGGCAUUACUAGAUAUAAUUAAUACGAGGACUUACGAAAGAAAACAAGCACUAUGAAAUUAUUAUGUCAGUCGGUUUAACGUGAUUAUAAUUGUAAUGUUGGUCUAGUGGGUAUUAUAAUUGUAAUUAAAUGAUGUCCAUUAGAUAUAUUAUAACAUUACAUUUUUAUCGAACAAUGAUAUUAUAGUGAGAUGAUAUUGAACCCCGACUAUCCAAGUAAAAAAUCCUUUUCUUAAUUUACUCGUAGAGGUGGCAAUUUCAAUCCAAUCCACCAAUCCAAUCCAUCAAUCCAUUAAAAAUAUCCACCUAAUCCAAUCCAUUUUAUCCAAAUCCAAUUGGAUUUGUGGAUUCAUGGAUCAUUGGCAAAUUACGGUUUAGUACCUAUAAUUUUUAUUUUUUACAUUUUGGUACCUAAAAUUUAAUUUUUUAUACAAAAAAUAUCAUUGGAAAAUUACGUUUUGGUACCUAAAAUUUUUCAUUAUGACAUUUUAGUACCUAAUCUUUUUACAUAUUGGUCUUUGGUUGAGGAUGUCAUUUGGAUUCAUGGAUAAUCCACCAAUCCACUUGAUCCAAUCCAUGAAUCCACCAAUCCAUUAGAUCCAAUCCAUUUGAUCCAUGAAUCCACCGAUCCAAUCCAUUUGCCACCUCUAUUUACUCGUCAUCACAUAAUUUAUGUAAAAUCCAAGCACUGCAUUUGGCAAAAAAAGAAAAAGGGUAAUAAUGCGUUUUAGACUUUAGUGAGUUUCUAGGAAAUUGACUUUUUAAUUAAUUACAAGGAAGAAAAUUCCGGGACGACACGACACACGUUUGCCAAUUUGAAGUACAGAACAGAAGUACAACAAUUCUAGGUUUUGAUUUCUUUACGCGGGAGAUCGCUUGUACAAGGAACCUGCUCGAAUAUUCUAGCACUGUAAUCUUCCGCUUCUUUUCUCCGGUUUUCCACCCGUGUGCACAUAUAUGUACAUUUACAAGAACAAUGAUAAAAAGUUAAAAACCUAAUAACCUAUAUAACGUUAAAGUAAAAAAAAAAAAAAAGAUAAUAAACCCCAAAAGUUACCAACUUUUAGUUAAAUGUCCAACAAUAUCCAGAUAGUAUUCUAAUUUUUUGGAUUGGAGGAUUAGAGUUUCACUAGAAUCCUUGAUUGUUUUAUCUCUUUCAACUUAGAAUAAUAGGAAUAAUUAAUACAAAUGGAAAUACAACACGGUAACAGUGAAAUGAAGACAUAAUGUUUGACAACUAAAAAAUGGAAACGAGACAUCAUCUUUUAUACCCAAAAAUACACGUUGAGGUUAAUGAUGAUAUGGUGCCUAAGCAUCAAAACCACACCCCUACAAUGAAUAGAGAGAAUGUGGGUUAUCAUUCUAUUCUAUUUGCAAUCACACUCUUCUACUAGAUAAAUCGAGACAACUUCGUUCAAUUGUAUGAGCAAGUCAUCUAUGAUCAAAAGUGUAAGAGGGCUUAUUUACAUUUGUUAAAAAUAAAUAGAGGUAUCCAUUAGUAAAGUAAAAAAUAAUAUCAAAGGGGGCCCGAGAAACGGUGACAACGCAAAUUUUAGAGCUCGUUCGAGAAUUGGAGUCUAAAUCUCUAAAUUGUAAACAAUCCAAAAUUCUAAUUAUUUGGAUUGUUGAAAAAAAAAUUAAAAUUCUCAUUGUUUUGUAAUUGCAUUGUUAACAUCCAAUACAAAUAGAAUUUCUAUUUUUUUUAGCAAUUGACACAUUUAGUGUUAAAGCAAAAUAAUCAGAAUGACUCAAAAAAAUCUUGAGAUUUUAUUGGCAAGGAUAUUUAGUGGGAUAAAUAUAAAGAAAGAGAUAAAGUGGGAGGAAAAAAAAUCUUAGAAAUCCAUAUACAGAAUCACUUUGAUAAUCAACGAUUUAAUAUCUUUAAAUUUUAGAGAUUUAAAAUAUCUUAAACUAAAAUUCACCAUUAAAAAAACAACAUUAAGAAAAAACAUAAUAUUCUAUUUACAAACUCAAUAAAUCUAUAGACCGAAUUCUCCAAUUACUUCAUCAAAAGAAAACAAUUUGCUUUCCUGAGCUGUUUUACGCUCUUAAUUUCCCUUGUCCACAAAGUAACAAUAAAUAACCUUUACAAAGAACGAAAUUAACGAAACACUAUCGAAUCAAAACCUCAUUCCCGUCUACAUCCAUUGCCGCUCCCCAAAUCCCUGUCUCUUUCAUCUUAUCCAGUUUUCUCUCUGUUUUUACCUUUUUACCAUGCCUUACUUGCCCACGAAGCAACAGAAAGAAACAAACGAAAACCGAAGGCCAUAUUCGUCAUUUUCAUCUCCAGCUCCUGCCUCCGACGUUUAUAUGAACCCGGCCUUCUCCUCCUCCUAAUUUCUCAAAAUCUUUUAGGGGGUUUUUCUUUUUCUUAAUAAAACCUCUCUUCUCCUUCCUUGCUGAAUAUUUGAAAAAUUAUCACAUCAUUUGCCUUCUUCCCUCCUCCGUCAAUCGUCCACCGCGCCCGCGGCGGCGCCCUGUUGAUUUAUUUCGGCAUUAGCAAUUUCUGUACAAAAGAGAGAGAGCCUGACCGGGAGAGGAAACAAUUAGUUUUUUCCCCUCCUUUUCUUUUGCCCCGUUCCUGAUUCCAGGUUUGAAUGUUAUCGGAGAAAGCCUCGAAGUCGGAGUUCUCCAUACGUAUAGUUUGGAGGGAAAUUAUGAUGAGCUAACAUUCAAUUCAUUUCCCUGCCGUAAUAAUAUAAAAGGAAAAGAGGAAAAUUGAAUUCAAUUGUUGAUUGUUCGGAGGUUCUUUUAGGGGUUGGGUUGGGGAGCGAGGCUCGUGGGUUGGGGUUUGGCUCCCGCCGGCGGAGAUCCUCGAAACGACGGCGUGAGGGUUUGCGGCGUCGUUUCAUUGGAGGAGGAAGGGGAGAGAGGUAGAAUUCGGCGGAAGAGAAGAUGUGUGCGGCGGCGGCGACGGGGGAGUGGUGGGGGAGAGAGAUAGUUGGGCAGAUCGGGGGAGGGUUUAGCCACGAGAGCGAGCAUGAUUUGGCUCUCAUGGUCAGCGAUUUCCUCGAGAACGGCGGCAGCAGCGGCGGCGCUGAGUCCUGGUGCAGUAGCGACAGCGAGUCGGGUCUCUCCGAUCUCCAUUCCCUUGCCCAUAAAAUUACGUUCUAUAAACACUCGGUGACCCGCUACGAGAGCGAAUUGCUGUCGCUGGUGCAUUCUCUUAUCGUCUCCAUCAAGGAGACAGACCUUCAUCUCGUGGAGUCAGGUUCUUGCAAUGCCAGCUGCAUCAGAUUUUCCUUGGUGAAGCUCCUGAGGUUUUCUGGAUAUGAUGCUGCUGUCUGUUCAUCUAAGUGGCAGGGUGCUGCCAAGGUCCCAGGAGGUGAUUACGAAUAUAUUGAUGUGAUCAGCCUCAGCGAAGCUGGAAUUUCAGAACGUCUGAUCAUAGACAUCGACUUCAGAAGCCACUUUGAAAUAGCUAGAGCGGUCGACUCGUACGACCGCAUACUACAGCUACUUCCUGUAGUUUACGUGGGGUCAUUGCCCCGGCUGAAGCAGUAUCUUCAGGUCAUGGUCGAUGGAGCCAAGUCAUCGCUGAAGCAAAACUCAAUGCCUCUUCCACCGUGGAGAUCCCUGGCUUAUCUGCAAGCCAAAUGGCAGUCUCCAUAUCAGAGACUGUUUGCCCCAGAUGGGCGGCACAACUUGUCGAGCAGCAGCAGCAGCAGCAGCAGCAGCACUUCCACAUCAUCUUCAUCCGACCGCAACUGGCAGUGUGGUGGGCAUCUCAGAAGGCUGCAAUCCUCUAUUCACUACGAAGUCGAGGAAGAACGCCUUCUGAAGCCUCUGAACAACGACAACAACAGCAACAGGAUGGUUAAGCGGGAGAGGCGUCGGAGAUUCUCCUUGUUAAGGGGUGGUCUCUGAAGAAACCAAAUGACAUCUGCAGAGAGAGUGUAUAGAGAAAUUCGGCUGCCGGAAAUGGGAGGGGUUCCAUUUCUUCUUUACAUUUUUUUCCCAGGAAGAGUUUUUUUUUAACUGCCAAUUCUAUUGCGGCUUUUCUUUCUUCUUCUUCUUCUUCUUCAUUGGUUCUUUUUGACCCGAGAGAGAAAUAAAUCGUCGGCGGGAGCAGAGUUCAAACGGAGUUUACAAGGAAUCACAAGACAAAUACAUUACUGUUGAGGCAUUUUUCUUCUGUAUCGUAAUACUUCUUUUACAUUCAUCACAUCAAGUUGGGGCAAUCCGUGGAUCACAAGGACUGACUUACCAGCAGCAGAGGAAUACCCAUAGAAAGGAUAUAUAUUACUGUUCUAUUCUUUUUUACAUUGUUGUGUAUUUCAGUUUUGAUUGCGUUAUUCCUUGCCAGGUAUUUGGUUGGCCAAGGAAUUCCUUUCUCUGUGUGCCCUCUCUUCUUCUGAACUUGUUUUUUUAAUGUAUACGAAACUAUAAUUAUUGAGGUAUCUGUUAGCAAUUACAAAUUUAAUUAUACGUCAAUGUCGGAGAUUAGUGGUUGAUUGUUCAAUCAAUGAUGUUUGGGAAUGCCCUCUCUUAACGUUGUUAGGCUUUGUGUUUGGGGGGCCAGAACACGUGCAUUUGUUUGUCUGGGAUUGGUUCUGCGCAGUAAACUAAGAGCUGGCCAUGUGCCUAAGGCUGGUCUUGUGCUUAGUGAGGCAAUUUUAACCCGCCCGACGGGGGCAUUACCCGACUUGAUCUGCGAUGGGACCGAUAUUACCCGACCCGCAGUAGCGUGGGGCGGGGUAUGGGUAUCUACUUCUGACCCGCUCUGCCCCGCUCCGCUCCGCUCUAAACUCAUUUCAUCUCAAUUUCUUACCAUUUCUAUACAUAUUUAUCCUAUUUUGACUUUUCUUAAACUAGUUAGAGUCGCUCUUUCAAUUUGUUAGACUCAAUUACCCAUUCUAUUAUCACUAUUUUUCUUUCUUAAAGUGUUUUAUCCUUCGUUUUAUCAUAAAAAGUAAAAUUUACUUGUAUUUUUUUCGAAUAACAUGUAACAGUGGGUCGACCCGCCCCGCCCCAUACCCGCGCGAGUUUCACCCGCCUCGUAGUAGCGUGAAGCGGGACAUGAGAAUUGAGGUACCCGCCCCAUUGCUAUUGUGCUCUGCUAGCAUAUUAUCUGGCUGGGGAUGUUAUGUUUACAACAAUCAACCUUUUUUGGGCCUGUGGGCUAAGGGUAAAGGCCUGGGGAGAUAGUAAGUUAGAAGAAGGAGAAUUGGGUCUUCUAGCCCAACCAAGAAAGUCAGCCUACUCGCCCGGUCAAAAUUAGGGUUUCCGCUUCCGCCAAGAUUCCGAAGAAACGAAAUAGAGUAAA